UUUGCACAACUCCUAGGUUAGAGGCAGAAGAGUUGGAAGCGUUAGAAGAAUCUGGUGCAGAGGAAAUAGUUAACAUGCCUGGAUUCUCGCACAGUAAAGUAGUUGAACCAAAUUUAGAGGUAGCAGAAGGUAGUCAGGUUGAAGUAGUAGGUCGCCAGGGACUAAGUAGAUAUAAUUUAAGAAAAAGUCCAAAACAGAAAAUACUUAAAAUUGCUUCGGCUAUCAAAAGGAUUUAAAAUUUAAAUUUAAUUAAAAAAUAUAUAAACAAAAUAAAAAUAUAAUUUAAGUAAUUAUUUAACAUUAAUCAAAUAAAUCAUUGGUUAGUUAUUUUUGAAAUUAAUCAUAAAGAUGUGUCCGCGUAUCCAAUUCUUCGAAAUGAAUGAAGUAAUUGAAGAGCUGAACUUAAUUGAAGAGGAUGAUGGUCCAGAAGAAGUGGAGUUUAUUCCGUACCAACAUCGUAUCCCAGAAGGAUGGGAGGCAGCAUUAGAGGAAGAGUUGAGAAGAGAAGGGAUUUUAUUUGAAGAAGAAGAAGAAGAAGAAAAUGAAUUUGAAAGUGAAGGUGAAGAGGAGGAAGGAAGAGGGAAAGAUGAAGAAGAAGAUGAUGAAAUUAAAGAAGAAAAAGAAGAAAAGGAAGAAGAGGAAAAAGAAGAUGAUGAUGAUCAAGAGAUUGAACUGGGAAUUGAAGUGACAGAAGCUCUUUGGAAUUGA